CCCAUAUCGCAAUCACUAAGAAAUAAGAGAUACAACGAAGACUACCAACUGAAAUGCUUCUAAACAAGUUCUCUUUGAAUAAGCAGCAAUAAUUUUCCAUUUUUGCUUGUAUCAGUUUGUUAUUAUCAGAUCUGCCUGUUGUCUAAGAGGAAUCUAGUAAGUUAAACUGAAAAACUUCUACAUGUCGAAGGCACUCGCAGCAGCUCUUCAAGAAUGGAAGCUUCAGGAGAAAGAAUUCCAGCAGCUUCAGGAGACCCAUCGGCUUUACCUGCAGAAGUUAGAGGAAGUGUCCAAACUUCAGAAAAGCUUUUCCUCCUCUUUGGCACGACAGAAAAAGAAUUUAAAGGACAAUUUAAAGUCUUUGAUUAAAUUCAAUAAAGGGCUGACAGAAGAGGAGAGCAAUGCAGUAAAGGAGGCCAAAGAUCAGAUCCGAAAUAUGCCAAGCCAAAUCUUUCAAAUGGAAGCAUUUCUUCCAAAGAAGAAUGGGAUUUAUCUCAGCCUUGUCCUUGGGAGCGUGAAUGUUAACCUUCCUAGCAAAGAUGCCAAAGCUGAAUACAAAGAUGAGUAUGAGCGGUUCAAACUGUAUGUGACGGUGACUCACUUUCUACUCACAUUUAUCUGCUGCUUCUUCGUCAACUACAGAUUUUUGGACGCUCUUCUCAACUUUCUGCUGGUUUGGUAUUAUUGCACUCUGACCAUCCGUGAAAGCAUCCUCAUCAGCAAUGGAUCCAGGAUUAAAGGUUGGUGGGUUUUCCACCACUACAUUUCCACCGUUCUGUCUGGAGUCAUGCUAACCUGGCCGGAUGGUGAAACGUACCAGUCUUUCAGAACCCAGUUUCUGGCCUACUGUUUGUAUCAAAGCUUUGUGCAGUAUCUUCAGUAUUACUACCAGAGCGGUUGUCUCUAUAGACUCAAAGCUUUAGGAGAAAGACACAACCUGGAUUUGACUGUUGAGGGAUUUCAGUCGUGGAUGUGGCGAGGACUGACUUUUCUUCUUCCGUUUCUCUUUUUUGGUCAUUUUUGGCAGUUCUGCAAUGGUGUUUCCCUCUUCAGACUGGCUCAGCUCCCUGAAUGUAGAGAAUGGCAGGUGUCCAUGUGUGGCUUCUGCUUCAUGGUUCUGUUUGCUGGAAACUUUUUCACUACUCUUGCAGUCGUCCAACACAAGCGCAAAACCCAAAGAACCAAGAGCCUGUAAAACUGUCAAUGAAGACGACAGACUAUUCCAUAAUUCAUUUGAUGAAAUUUAACUUUGUAAUAUGUGUUUUGUUUUUAUUAUGUUUUAGAGAAUUUGCAGACUGUCUUUUUAUUAUUAUUAAAAACCUGUAAUAAUAAUUGUCUGUAAUUUCUAAAAUCAUUGAUUAAACUCAUGAUAAAAGUGAAUAAUUAUAAAAAUAAUUAUUAUGCAGUGUUGUUUUAGUAUAUCCUUGAGAUAGUAAUGCUGUUUUAUUAGUAGUUCAAUUUUGUGUUUUCAUUAACAUUGUAGUUUAAAUUGUUGUUGUUUUUUAUUGAUGUUUCUUGUUAUUUCACCAAAUAUUAAUUUCUUAAAUCUUCUGAAGUUAAAACAUUGCAUUUGUGUCUGAAAAUAAAUAUAUAAAUGUUUGGAAA